ACACGCAUGCGCACUUUCACGCAGCUAUCCCCACCCUUCGCCUCCCAUACAGGAAGCUGAACUGCUAAACCAGCUAGCUGUCAACAAAGGGCAGAACUGCACGAAAUCAGUAAAUCCAUGUAGAAGUGGGCAGUAUUUCCGACUCUGAGCUCCUUCCUCUACAAGAUUGACUUCUCCACUCUGCCGGUUGAAUCUCCUGAACAUGGCAACGACCGCUCAGCUGUUCGAGGAGCCCUUCGAUGCAGAUGAGUACAUUGAAAGGUUGGCAUGGAGGACACCUGGAGGAGGAUCUAAAGGAGGAGCAGAGGCUUUCGACCCUAAGAGGUUGUUAGAAGAGUUUGAGAACCACAUAGAAGAGCUGAAGCAAUUGGAUGAGAAGAUCCAGCGGCGGGUGGAGAAACUUGAACACCAGUGUCACCGUGAGGCCAAGGAAUUUGCCCACAAAGUGCAAGACUUGCAGAGAAGCAACCAGGUGGCCUUCCAGCAUUUCCAGGAGCUUGAUGAGCACAUCAGCUAUGUGGCGACCAAGGUUUGUCACCUUGGGGACCAGCUGGAGGGGGUGAACACGCCUCGGCAGAGGGCUGUUGAAGCUCAGCGUCUGAUGACCUACUUCAAUGAGUUCCUGGAUGGAGACCUGCGUAGUGACGUCUUCAAUAACCCAGACAAGAUUAAGGAGGCUGCUGAUAUAAUUCAGAAGCUGCAUCUAAUUGCCCAGGAGCUGCCAUUUGACAGAUUUGCAGACGUCAAGGCAAAAAUUGCAAGCAAGUACCAUGACCUGGAGAGGCAGCUGAUCCAGGAGUUCACAGCUGCUCAGCGCAGGGGGGAGAUUGGACGUAUGCGAGAGGUCGCAGCGGUUCUAUUGCAUUUCAAGGGCUAUGCACACUGUGUGGAUGUCUACAUCAAGCAGUGUCAGGAGGGGGCCUACACGAGGAAUGAUGUAUUUGAGGACACUGCAGUCCUCUGUCAGAGGGUCAACAAGCAGGUGGGGGACAUCUUCAGCAGCCCAGAGACUGUUAUGGCCAAACUCAUCCAGAACAUCUUUGAAAACAAACUGCAGGCCCACGUCAAAGAAAAACUGGAUGAAACUCGACACUCAGAUGUAGAACAGUACCUCAAAAACCUCUAUGACCUUUACACCAGAACCACAUCAUUGGCCACCAAGCUGACCGAAUUCAACCUGGGCUCAGACAAGCACACGUUCCUGUCCAAGCUGAUAAAGAGCAUCUUUUCCUCGUACCUAGAAAGCUACAUCGACAUGGAGAGGGAAUACCUUCGCACUCGAGGGGCGCUGAUUCUGCAGCGCUACUAUGACUCCAAGAACCACCAGAAACGACCAAUCGGCACUGGCAGUAUCCAAGAGCUAAAGGAGCGGAUCAGGCAGCGCACCAACCUCCCUCUUGGCCCCAUGAUUGAAACCCAUGGCGAGACCUUCCUGUCCCCAGAGCUUGUUGUCAACCUGCUGCAGGAGACACGUCAUGCCUUUGAAAGAUGCAACAGGCUUUCAGAUCCCUCAGACCUCCCCAAGAAUGCCUUUUCUAUCUUCCUGCUGCUGGUUGAUCACCUCUGUGUGGAUCACAUCGACUAUGCACUAGAGAUCGGCCUCUCAGCGAUUCCCUCAUCCGACGCCAAGAAUGCCAACCUGUACUUCCUGGAUGUGGUUCAACAGGCGAACUCCAUAUUCCACCUGUUUGACAAGCAGUUUAAUGACCAGCUCAUGCCUCUUAUCAGUUCAUCUCCAAAGUUGGCCGAGUGCCUGCACAAGAAGAAGGAGGUGAUUGAACAGAUGGAAGUGAAGCUGGACACAGGGAUUGACAGAACAAUAAACUGCAUGGUGGGGCAAAUGAAACACAUCUUGGCAACAGAGCAGAAGAAGACUGACUUUAAGCCUGAGGAUGAGAACAACGUCAUGAUCCAGUACACUACAGCUUGCUCCAAGGUAUGCGCCUACGUCAGUCGGCAGGUGGAGCACGUGCGGAAGUCCAUGGAUGGGAAGAAUGUGGAUACGGUGCUGACGGAGUUGGGCGUUCGCUUCCAUCGGCUCAUUCACGAGCACCUACAGCAGUACAGCUACAGCUCCAUGGGAGGCAUGCUGGCCAUCUGCGACGUGGCUGAAUACCGUCGGUGCGCCAAGGACUUCAGGGUUCCUCUUGUGCUGCAGCUCUUCGACACCCUCCACGCCCUCUGUAACCUCCUGGUUGUUGCCCCUGACAACCUGAAGCAGGUCUGCUCAGGCGAGCAGCUCACCAACCUGGACCGAAACCUCCUGCACGCCUUCGUCCAGCUCAGAGUAGACUACCGUUCAGCUAGACUUGGCCGACACUUCAGUUAAUGACUGGUUUAACCCCUCCUUGCCCUCCGUCCAGUAACCCACGCUUUGAUGAGACGAUGCACCUUGGAGAAACCCAUCCUUGCUUCAGAGAAGGCAUCAGCGCAGCCCUCGGCAUACAGACUCGACUGGGGUUUCUCUGCUCAUGAUUCAGACAAAGGCUGCUGCUCUUUGAAUGUGGGAUAUGUGCAUUUUGCCUUUUUUUCAUUGUUUAGUCCUCCCAAACUGAAAAAUGUAAGCGUCUAUUGAUUUCGGAUUUGUUUUUAACUACUAAUCUGUCAAUCCACAUGUUUAAGACUUCAGAUAUAUUGUAAGUAAAUGGACAACAUUGAUUUCUGUGCUUAUGUAAAAAAGGAAACUUAUUUUGAUUGUGCCAAAUAUCUAAAUUCUGCAGCUGCACAUGUGCAUGGGAGUAGACCCUGAAGCUGCUACAAAGGGAGACUGUUAACAAAUACACUGUAAGUCAGUCUUGAGGCCCACAGUGGCUCUAUGUAAUGGGACAAGCUAUUGUUUGUAAUGAACUGUAGGGGCUCCGACUGAGGAGACCAUGAAAUAAGAGCCCCAGCUGGUUAAGAGAGACACAUGACCACCUCCCUGACCUUUGACCCCUGACCACAAAGUCCAGGUCAAGAGGCCAUCGAGGAGAAGUGUGAUGGGAGCUACAAACAGGUCUGAGAACCUCUCUGGAGGUUUGGGUGGUCCCCUCUGAGGCUCAGAUGUCGGUGUGAUGGGUCAGUGAUUAUGUGUCACUGUAAUUGCACAGAUCAACACUUGCUCAUCCAGCGGUGCACACAGUCCAAAGACAUUAUUGACUGGGUGUGCAGUGUUUCUGGGUCAGGGGACAUUGAAGUCUUGCAAUCCAGAGAGGAGGAUUUCUCCACAGAGGGCUUAUUUGCGCCUCUCGCUGUCUUCUGCACUAAAAAAAAGAAGGCAGAUCAUGUCCCUGAUGCCUGAAACGAUCUCCUGCGCAAAGCUGCUCCCACUGUACUGCUGUUUACCUUAAUUUGUGACUCAUUAAAAAUAUGUUGCAUUUUA